AUGUCAAAAGAUUUUUUAUCGAUAUUAUCUCAUGAUUAUAAAGUACUGUUAGAAACAGGAGAAUAUUUUGAUGUUAUUUUGCACACUGGUCAAGGUAACGAUGAAAAAGAUUUCAAAGCACAUUCUCUUGUAUUACGAGCACGUUCAACAUAUUUUCGAGUAGCUUUAUCAAAUAAUUGGGCGAAAACAGAAGGAAGUAUAUUCAUCUUUAACAAACCGAAUAUAUCACCAAAAGUGUUUGAAAUCAUAUUAAACUAUUUAUAUGGUGCAUCGAUCGAUCUACCAGAAAAUGAUGUCGAAUUUAAUAUAGAUGUUUUAAGAGCGGCGGAAGAAUUAUGUUUAACGGAUUUAUUAGAAUACAUAGAGGAUCAUUUAUUACAUAACACGGAUGAAUUAUUAAAUCAUUUCGCUUUGGUUUAUAAAUUUGCAACCCAAGAUGAACAUUAUAAUGACUUUAACAAGUUGAAAGAAUUUUGUUUUAAUGCGAUGGAAAGGGAACCUUCUAUCGUUUUUGAUUCUACGGAUUUCAUUAAUAUAGAUCAGGAUUCUUUAAUCUCGCUUCUUCAAAUGAGAUAUUUGAUUAGAAGAGAAAUUGAAUUAUGGGAUAAAAUCGUAGAGUGGUCAAUCGCUCAAGUUUCUUCCCUUUCACGAAUAAUUGAAAAUUGGACCCUUGAAGAUUUUUCAAUAUUUGGUAAUAUUAUUUCACCUUUUAUUCCAUAUAUUAAUUUUUCUUUAAUAAGACCGAAUGAAUUCGCUUCCAAGGUUAGAAUUUUUAGAAGAUCUUUUGGAGAUGAAUGCUAUGCGAAAUUAUUGGAGUUACAUUUGUCUCAGUUGGAUGUCGUAACUGCAACGCUCUUUCAAUCAUCACUGGAUAUUAAUUCAACCUUGAUUACACCCAAACAUGCGGCAUUGAUUUGUAGUUGGUUAACUAAUGAUGAAGAAUAUCAAUCUAAGGUUAAGGAAACAAAAAAGGCCAUCUUUCAAUAUGAGGAUUACGGUCCUUGUUUUGCUUCUGAUCUAGCUUUGGUGGGAAAUUAUAAAAGACAUUGGGAGGGUCAUUGUUUAAAGAAAAAUUACGAGAAUAGAAUAUCUCCUGGCAAUUACGUUUUCAAGGCUAGUGAGUACGAAGUUUUUCAAAUUGUCAGAAAAUUUCUUUAG